CAACUCGAGCCGUCGAUUGCUGAGCUUUAGAAAGGCAUUCACACUCUCAAUUCUAGACAAUCAAGAGGUUUUUUGAGUUGAGCGUAUUGAACUUAUUUAUUGGCUUAGAAAAUUCGGAGUCGGUUUGUGUUAUAAAACGUAUUUUACGGCGAAAGGGUGGGUUGUAUAAAAGCGGUUUAUAAUGUGACAUUUCAAAUAACGUUCAGAUUUUGCAACUAUGGCCCAAUUUGUCACCCACAUUCAGCCCACGCUGAUAGAAGCGUCUCAUCAUCAUAUUCCUCAUCCUCAUCACCAUAAGGAGCACCAUGAAAAACAUGAUAAGCAUCACAAAGAGCACGAGAAGCAACAUAAAGAAUAUGAUAAACAUCACAAAGAACUCGAAAAAUAUAAGGAAGUUAUUGAACAUCAACAAUGCAGUAAGGAUCAUUCGUUGAAAGAGAAACUUUCCAGCAAGAUAUAUUUGCCUGUUGUGGGACAUUCUACCCAACAUUAUCCCAUCCUUCCCGCAACUCCCAGUCAUCAUCAUUUCGAUGAGCAUGCUGAACAGGAACAUAAGAGGGAUUCCGGACAGUAUUUGGAUUCUCAUGGCAUUCCUCACACGUAUCAAUUGCACUUUAUUGAUUCCCAGGGAAUUCACAGAGAUUUCCAUGGUCAUGUGGAGGACUCCCAAGAGCGCCCUUGUGAACAGUAUCUUCAGGAUCAUCAGGAGAAAGAGUCUCAUUACGAAAAACUGGAAUACAAUAUGGAUACUGAAGAAGUGUUUAUACGAAAAGCAGUGCCAGAAGAUCGAUCCCCAUACGAUAAAUCACCAUUUCGAGAUGACAAGAAGCCAAUUCCUCCGCGGUUUAUCAACUUGAAUGCCCCCGAGAAUAAAUACCAAACUUCUGACGGAAAUACGUCUUUCCUGCGCGCCGCGCGCAAUGGUCAACUGGACAAAGUUCUAGAGCAUCUAAAAUCAAAUAUCGACAUUAACACCAGCAAUGCAAAUGGCUUAAACGCGCUUCAUCUUGCUUCAAAAGAUGGCCACGUAGAAAUAGUCAAAGAGCUACUGAAAAGAGGUGCGCUAGUCGAUUCAGCAACCAAAAAAGGAAAUACAGCGCUUCACAUAGCUUCGCUAGCUGGCCAGGAGGAAGUCGUUAAGCUCUUGGUUCAGAACGGGGCAACUGUUAAUGUACAAAGUCAAAAUGGCUUUACUCCGCUUUACAUGGCCGCUCAAGAAAACCACGAUAACGUUGUUCGGUACUUGUUGGCAAAUGGAGCCAAUCAAAGCUUAUCCACAGAGGAUGGAUUUACACCUCUUGCGGUCGCUAUGCAGCAAGGGCAUGAUAAGGUAGUGACUGUGCUCUUAGAAAAUGAUACCAGAGGAAAAGUGCGACUUCCAGCUUUGCAUAUAGCAGCCAAGAAGGACGAUGUGAAGGCAGCUAAGUUACUCUUGGAAAACGAGCACAAUCCAGAUGUAACAUCAAAAUCCGGAUUCACACCACUGCACAUAGCUUCGCACUAUGGCAAUCAGAAAAUAGCCAAACUCCUCGUUCAAAAAGGAGCCGAUGUUAACUAUGCAGCCAAACACAAUAUCACUCCUUUACAUGUGGCCGCCAAGUGGGGUAAAUCAAAUAUGGUGGCACUCCUACUUGAAAAUGGAGCAACAAUUGAGGCGAAGACAAGGGACGGAUUGACACCAUUACAUUGUGCAGCAAGGAGUGGACAUGAGCAAGUUGUUGAUAUGUUGCUGGAGAAGGAGGCGCCUAUUAGCUCGAAGACAAAGAAUGGUCUCGCGCCUCUUCACAUGGCAGCUCAAGGUGAUCAUGUUGAUGCGGCCCGGAUUCUACUAUAUCAUCGAGCUCCUGUUGAUGAAGUUACUGUUGAUUACCUGACGGCUCUUCACGUUGCUGCACAUUGCGGUCACGUGAGAGUUGCUAAACUGCUUUUAGAUAGACAAGCUGACGCAAAUGCAAGAGCUUUAAACGGUUUUACGCCCCUUCACAUAGCAUGUAAGAAGAAUCGGAUAAAGGUGGUGGAGUUACUAUUGAAGCAUGGGGCAAGCAUUGGUGCAACUACCGAAUCAGGUUUGACGCCUCUGCAUGUAGCCAGUUUUAUGGGGUGUAUGAAUAUAGUUAUAUAUCUACUUCAACAUGACGCUAAUCCUGAUGCACCUACCAUCAGAGGAGAAACUCCUUUGCAUUUGGCAGCAAGAGCAAAUCAGACUGAUAUAAUUAGAAUCCUUCUCCGGAAUGGAGCUCAAGUAGACGCAAGAGCUCGAGAACAACAAACACCGCUACACAUUGCAUCGCGGCUUGGAAACGUGGACAUUGUUAUGCUACUUCUGCAGCAUGGUUCCAAAGUGGACAACGCCACCAAAGACAUGUACACAGCGUUGCACAUAGCGGCAAAAGAGGGCCAAGACGAGGUUGCCAGUGUUCUAAUCGACAAUGGUGCCUCAAUAAACUCCACCACGAAAAAAGGCUUCACACCUCUGCACUUGGCGUCAAAGUAUGGACACCUCAAGGUAGCAAAACUGCUUUUGCAAAAAGAAGCUCCAGUUGACGCUCAGGGCAAAAAUGGUGUUACACCACUGCAUGUCGCAUCCCAUUAUGACCAUCAAAAUGUUGCAUUGCUUUUAUUGGAUAAAGGGGCAUCUCCACAUGCUACAGCUAAAAAUGGUCAUACCCCGUUGCAUAUUGCGGCGCGAAAAAACCAAAUGGAUAUCGCUAAUACUCUCUUGGAGUAUGGAGCUCAACCGAAUGCAGAAUCGAAGGCGGGUUUCACUCCUUUACAUCUCAGCUCCCAGGAAGGACAUGUGGAUAUUUCGUCACUGCUUUUGGAACACAAAGCUGAUCCAAAUCAUGAAGCAAAGAAUGGGCUAGCGCCUCUCCAUCUCUGUGCCCAAGAAGACAAAGUUCCAGUAGCGGAAGUCUUGGUGAAAAAUGGUGCUCAUGUUGAUGCCGCAACUAAGGCCGGAUACACACCGUUGCAUAUCGCUUGCCAUUAUGGACAGACGAAUAUGGUUCGGUUCCUGUUACGAAAUGGAGCAGAAGUGAAGAGUUCCACUUCUUUGGGGUACACUCCAUUACAUCAAGCUGCACAACAAGGACACACGAACAUCGUCAAUAUUUUGCUCGAGAGUGAUGCUGAUCCCAAUGCUAUGACAUCGACUGGUCAAACUCCCCUUAACAUCGCCCAAAAACUCGGCUACAUUACUGUAAUAGAAUCGCUGAAACUGGUCACUACCAUAACAAACAUAACUACGUCUACCACAACCACCAUAGAAGAAAAGUAUAGAGUUCAGGCUCCUGAAGCCAUGCAGGAAACCUUCAUGUCUGAUUCAGAGGAAGAAGGAGGGGAAGAUGCAGCAUUGGGCGACCAAACCUACCGGUAUUUAACAGCAGACGAAAUGAAGUCGUUAGGAGACGAUUCUUUGCCCAUUGAUGUGACACGCGAUGAACGAAUGGAUUCCAACAAAAUGAUCAUCGAUAGCAACAUGCUGCCUCCUCAACAUAUUGAGGAUUCAAUCAGCCCGGAACAUAUUUCCGGGAACUAUACCGAGUACAUUAAGAAGUAUACGUCUGAUAAUAUUGAUAUUAACAGACAUCCAAUAAAUAUAGGGAAACUGCAUUGGAAGAAUUUCCUAGUAUCAUUCCUAGUCGACGCCAGAGGAGGUGCGAUGAGAGGAUGCAGACAUUCCGGAGUGAGAGUAAUUGUGCCUCCAAGGUGCGCUCCCAGUCCCACCAGAAUUACAUGCCGAUACGUUAGACCUCAACGGACACCACAUCCUCCUCCACUAAUGGAAGGUGAAGCAUUAGCAAGUCGCGUUUUGGAGUUGGGACCUGUUGGUGCACAGUUUUUAGGACCCGUAAUAAUCGAAGUCCCACAUUUUGCUGCCCUUCGAGGUAAAGAACGCGAAAUCGUGAUCUUGCGCUCUGAUAAUGGAGAAUCGUGGAAAGAACACACCGUCAAAGCCGCAGAGGAUAUUUUGAACGAAGUCCUGCAUGAAAGCUUUGAAGCAGAAGAUCUAAAUCAAAUGGAAGAUGUUGCAUCCGGCCGAAUAACUCGGAUAGUUACGCAAGACUUUCCUCAAUACUUUGCUGUGGUAUCCAGAAUACGCCAAGAAGUGCACGCUAUCGGACCGGAAGGUGGAAUGGUAUCCAGCAGCGUGGUUCCUCAAGUUCAGGCCAUUUUCCCAGAAGGAGCCCUUACCAAGAAGAUCAAAGUCGGCCUACAGGUAAAUUUGUUUAAGCCCCGUAAGGGUGUUUCAUUCGAUAAGUUGCGUAAAAUCACGGUUAAUCAUAUUCCGAAGAAGAAACGAUGGUCGUUGAUCUGGUAAUCAAAAUGUUGAUUUGAGAGACAAGUAUUUUGCACGUAGGCAGGCACUAUCAGAAAUAAACCUUUCAACAUUUGCGUAACGAAAAGUUGAGGAGAAUUUCCAGCCAACUUUUGUAUUUUUUUUAUUUUAAGUAAUUUUUCUUGCGGAAAAACUGCAUUAAUUUUUGCAAUAUUUUCCAAAAGUCUACACAAAUCAACUAAUUACUCAAAUGCUAAUUCUAAUAAUAAUAACAAUAAUAAUCAAGUAAUCAUUUCUGAAGGUGUCUGUCUUUUCCUCAGUCAAAUAGUAUGAAAAAUUUGAACGGAAUUCGGAUUUCAAGCGCUAAAAAUUACAAAAAUGGCAUCAUUAAUAACAAACUUUGUCUAUCUAACUUUAAUUUUGGUUGUUUCUAACUAUUUGGAUUCUGAAUUGACUUUCCAUUUUCAAGCAUGAUAAUUUACUUGCCUUGUAAAGUAGAUUUGACUAUUUUGCAAGUAUGAGUUUAGUUAAAUACGUCGUUUGUCAAAUGAACUGCAUCAGAGCAUUGAUAAUUCUAAAACUGUUUCAUCUUCAAACUAACCCAAACUAACUAACGAAAUGUGUAAAAAUAACGCAUUUAUUGUACAAUGAUAUCGACAAAAUCGAGAAAAGAAAAUUUUACGGAGGCAAUCAAUUUAAAAAAUGCAUUUUAAAUUGGGUAUCGGUUAUAAGUAAUUUUUCUCAUUAAACGAUAAAGUCUACUAUCCGAAACCGAAUUUUGCAAUGCUUCUCACAUACUUCGCAAAUUACCUAAAACAAAUUUUGUAAAAUUACUGAAAAACUGGAGCCAAAUUGUUAACAAGUCUUCCAGCGAUCUACAUCGUUAGCCUGAGAAGAACGUCUAUGAAAAUUUGGCUAAAAGGGCUUUUAUGUAUUGUUGGUUAAUUAGCAGAAGGUGGUAAAAUACUGCAAAAAAGCGUUGCCAUAGUGUGAGUAAGUCUUGAUGCAAUAUUAAGGUGUUUGUUUAAGGGCAACGUUUAAAUUGUGAAUUUAAAAGUACAAAUUGUCUGGUAUUUGCCUAGUUAAAAUUUUAACUAAUUUAUUUAUUUAUUUGUACAGUUAUUAAACAUUUGUUUAUAGAUGAACAGAAAAUUUAAAUGAAAAUAUACUUAAAAUCUUCUUGAAGGUCUUUUAUACAAACAUUUACUCGUAGCUUAUUCACAUUUCAUAUUUAUUGGCCGGUUAAUGUAAAUAGUUUUUGACAUGUACAAAAAAAUAAAAUAUGAUUAAACGACAUAUUUUAUAGCAAUUUUGCUGUGUAUUUAAAAUGUACUUUAUCGCAUUAUACAGAUAUCAAUUUACUGAUUUUUUAAGUGGUAUUAGACAUUUAUUUAGAAACUUGAAGUAAAUAAGAACAUGUAGAAACAAAACAAAGUAUCAAAUAAUAUUUUUGGUACAUAUAUUUUUACUUAAAACAGUAGACAAUAUUUAACAAAAUAGAAUCUGUGAAAUAUGGUGUUCAAGUUUUAUUGUUAAGCCAAGAAAUCACAUUGUGUGUAUUAACUGGGAAAAGAGGAAAGCUAUUACAAGACAAUAAAAUUAUCCACAAUCAUGAUUAUUCGCACCAAAAGAUAAUUUAAAUUAAAUUUUAGAAUGGGGAUAUGGAAUUCUUGAGAAACCCUGCAGUUUUUUUCUAUUUUAAAUUCCUUAAAACAGAAAAAAUUUAACAAUUGUUAAAAAAACAGUUAGAAUCAUCAGAAUCAUUUCUAACCAGGCGAACGUGCAGAUGAGAGACCAAAAUUAGUAUGUCUAAUGAGCAGUAUUGAAAAGUUUAUCAGAUAAAAAGGGUGAAAUAGCCGAAAACAUAGAAAAUUGUAAUAAAUCUUUUAAAGUACCUAAUUCAGUAUGUUAGAAAAAUAGGUGCUUAAAUUUGAAAAGUGUAUCGAAUUUGAAGCAAAAUACUUGAAACUGAAGGCGAUGUUGAAAUUGUGAAGAUUCCGUAAAUGAGAAAAGGCUAUAUUUGAGGCGAAACAUUUAAAAGCCUGAUUAUUAGUCUGUUAUUACUUUCAUUAUACUUUAUUUUACCAUCUUUUUCACCCAUUUCCUAAAAAAACGAACCAGCAGAAAAAGUAGAAGCAUACUUGCAUAGUAGAAGUAAUUUUUACUUUGAAAAGUGGCAUACUACUGACUAUUUAAAUUCCAUAUGGUGAAAUACAAAGUGCUUUCGCGAGUCUCUUUAAUGCUUUGCAAAUACUUGUUUGAACAGCUUUCCUUUUUUCAUUAUUUAGUAAAAUUAGCUCAUGCAAUCAUCACCCAUUCUGUACUAAUCUGCUCAUCGGUAUAACACUGGUUUUUCUGCACUAAUUUUAAGUAUGUAAUAUUAAUGAGUGCCCAAUAAAACUGAUAAAAUUACA